AUGGCGGUUGAGGCGAUUGAAAUUUGGGUGGAUUCCCAGGUGGAGAGAAAGGGGUUGAGGGGUUCAGGAGCGGUGCCAAGUGGUGGAGAAGGAUUGGAUAAGGUGAGCGCCUCGACGGCUGUGGGUGUGGUUGACGGGGCGAGCGAAGCAGGCGAAGUCGAACGAACUCUGAUUGCGGAAGCGGAGCAUCUGAGGGAUGCGGCGGCUGUAUCCGCCACUGGCGAAAACUGGUUACCAGGUAAACUGCCGGGUCCUCUUGAGAAGCAGCAGGCGCAAUCAAAGGUCGCUCUUGCUCGGGGCCUGGAGGCCUGGGCUGGUACUAACGGGGAUGCUCUUAAAGGAGCGCUGCUGCAACUCUUGGAGAAGGCACGGCUGGAAGGAGGAAUCCAACGGCUGGAAAUCGAUUCUGAGCGGAAGAUCUGCGACCUGAGGGAGGAGAUGGAGCGAGCGCUUGAAGAGGAGAUUAAAGCCGUGCAGGACCAGUGGGUGAAGAAACUCGAGGAGGCACGGGCGCAGCAGCUAGAGGAAAUGGCAAGAGUGAGGAGGGAGAUGGAAGAGAUGAGAGAGCAAUGGCAAGCGCAGCAGGCGCAAGCGAACGACGCGCUGAGGGCAGAGAAGGAAGCGGUGAGGAAACAGAUGGAGCAGAUGCGCGAAGAGUGGUGCGUGCAGCAGGCACAGGCAAACGAGGCUCUGAUUGGUCCAAUGGAGGAGAUUCGCGAGGAGUGGAGAGCUACGGGCCUGGGCGGGAGGGUGAAAAGCCCGGAGGAGCGGUUGGACGGGGUGGAGAGCGGUGAGCAGGACAUGGAGAGCCAGAUUGUGCAGAAGGUGUCGGAAAUGAGGGUAGAGGCUGGGCUGGAGGUGGAUAGGGUUGAGAAGAUCAUUGUGAUUGAAGCGGUGGAUAGGCGCGUGAGGGAGCAGGCGGAGGGGCAGGAGAGGUUAAUAGAGGAGGCGGAGAGGAAAGCGAAGAUGGUUGAGGAGAGUGUGGAGGAGAGAGUGAGAAAGGUGGAGGAGAAUGUGGGGGAGAGAGUGGGUAAGGUAGAGGAGAAUGUGAAGAAAAUAGAGGAGAGUGUGGGGGAGAGAGUGGGUAAGGCAGAGGAGAAUGUGAAGAAAGUAGAGGAGAGUGUGGGGGAGAGAGUGAGGAAGCUAGAGGAGAGUGUGGGAGAGAGAGUGGUGAGAUUGGAAGAGGGUAUGGAGGAGAGGGCUAAGAGGGUAGAAGAGAGUGUGAUGGCGGGAGUGAGGAACCUAGAGGAGGUGGUUAAGGAGGUGGAGAAACUUGAAGAGAAGGGCGUACAAGAGAGAUUGGGAGAGGUGGCAGGUAGUGUUGAGGAACGAGUGAAAGAUAUUGAGGGGAUAAUGGAAGAGAGGGUGCAGAAAGUAGAGGAGAGUGUGGAGGAGAGAGUGAGAAAGGUAGAGGAGAGUGUGGGGAAAAGAGUGAGGAAGGUGGAGGAGGGUGUGGAGAAGGUGGGGGAAGCAGAGAAUAGUUGUGAGAAGGGCGUAGAGGGAGCAGAAGCGAGUGUGGAGGAGCGAGUGAGUAGUCUGGAGGGCAGUGUGGAGGAGCGAGUGAGUAGGCUGGAGGGGAGUGUGGAGGAGAGUGUGAGGGAGCUGAAGGAGAAGGUGGACGAAGUCGAAAGGCAGGCCGCGGACGUGGGGAGAGUGGUGCUGGAGAUCAGCAAGGAGGUUGCAGAGCAAGUGAGAUUCUUGAAGUCUCAGCAAGGCUUAUCUCUGGAGAACGAUGAAGCAUUGACAAAAACCGUGGAAGGAUCUGUGGCAGCUGCUGCUUCUGCACAGCAGCAGAUAGAGGCGGUUAUUGCAGUUGUAAGGGAGGUUGCUAAAGUAGCAGCAGAACUUUCCAAAUCUGUCAAAUAUGCCAAAUCUGGCGUAGGGAGCGAGGGGGCGGAGGGUGGGGCUGGUUUGCUGGAGCAGGUGGUUCUGAUUGGUCGGGAGGUGGCGAGUCCGGGAGCAGCAAUAGCUGCGGGUGAUAAGGAGCAAGAGGGAAGGAAUGAGGAGGUUGAGUGUCUUGAGGAGGUGGUGCUGAUUGGUCGAGAAGUGGUCCGGGUGGCAGCAGAAAUUGCCAAGGGUGCGAAAGACCAAAUUCACGGAAUCAAAUCUGCAGAGGAAAUCAAAUCUCUGAUUGCAGCUGAGCUGGCAGCGGCUGGUGUGGUGCAGCAGCAGCAGCCGGAAGUAGUGGCUUUGAACGAACCUUCCAAGAAGGUGGAGCAUCUGCAGGAGCCAACAGCAGCAGCAGCUUUGGGCGAACCUUCCAAGAAGGUGGAGCACCUGCAGAAGCUCCUAGAAGAGCAGCAGCACAAGGCUGACGCGGCAGCUGCUAACGUGGCAUCCACGAUCCAACAGCUUUCAGAUAAAAUCUCCACGUUGGAGCUGAAGCAGGCGCAGACCACGUCAGCAGCAGCAUCAGCCGCGUCAGCAGCGUCAGCCGCUGUUGCAGUGACCCACGCUGCGUUUCCCCGUGCAGCGUCCAUAGGGGCGAGUGUUCUGACCUCCCCUGGAGGCCCUAAGACGAUCACAGCAGCGGCAGAGGUGGCGGCUGCAAUUGUGGUGGACCGAGGGUGGGUGCAGCAGCAGCUGGCCGAGCAGGAGGUGAAGCGGAUGGGACAGCUGGCGGUGCGAGCGGCAGAUUUCGACAGUAUGCUGAAGCAGGUCCAGGAGGUGAUGGCGGCGCUGGCUGCGCGAGUGCAGGGGGUGUUGGAGCAGCAGGUUGGGAGUAACGCGGAGAUAGAAGCGCUAGUGGGGUGGAAAGCGAGGAUUGAGGGGGCUUUGGAGCAGCAGGCGGGGAGAAACGCGGAGAUUGAUGCGCUAGUGGCACUGAAAGCGCAGAUUGAGAAGGUUUUGGAGUAG